AUGUCAAAAUUAGAAGAAUUGUUUAAAAAUUCUAAAUUAACAAUCAAAUCUUCAAAUAUUUUUGAAAGAGAGUUAGAAUCUCUAAAUGAUGCCAAGAUUAUGGUCGGAGAAUUGAUUAUGCCCUUGAAAAUGGCAUUAUUUAAUGAUAAAACCCAAAAUAUUCCCUUGAUAAAAACAGUUGAGAUUGUAGAGGAAAUUUUUUUACGGUUAAAUGCUGUACAAUUGUACAUUCAACUUGCCAAAAUUCACACUGAGAAGUUAAUGGACUAUAGGAAGAGAUACAGUAAAUGCUCAAAUAAAGAGGACUCUGAAUCAAAUGAAAAGCGACUAGUUAAGGCAUUACAUAGGGUCAAGAAUAUUCUGGAAAAUAAGGUUUAUGCUAAACUAAUUCUUCAAUCAGGUCAUCAUCUAGUUAAAAUGCUACAGGAUAUAUAUACUCGUAAUGAAAAUGGCAUGGUAGAUCCACUAGCAAUGUACAGAAUACAAUCACCUCUUGAGUAUUAUUUUAAGGCAAAGAUUACUCAAGUUUUGGGCUCAUUUGAACAAAUUAUUUCUGAUACUAAUUAUUCUCUAGGAAAGGCUACUGAAUUAGCUAAGAUUUCCGGUUUUGAUGAUGUUAAAAUCUGCGGCACUGGUGUCGUUGUUGGUCAUAUAAUUGAAGAAACAUUUAAGUUAGAUGACAUUACCAUUAAACCCAUCGAAAAUUUGUAUUUAAUAAUAAAUGAACGGAUAUGUUCACUUGGUGAAGUUGAAAAACAGAUUUCAGGCGUUGUCGACGAUGAAAAGACUGAGCCUGACAUGUUUUCUGAAAUUUACAAAAACAUCGUUAGUAUUUUCUCGGUUUAA